AUGGAAAGGGAACCAGCACAGCGUCCCUUGCAGGGAAACAUCAGAGUAAUAAUAGCGGCAAGAUUGAAAAUUUUGACAGACCUCAAAAUGAGUCUUGUAACCUGGCUUACACUAAACCUCAAGUUGGGCAAUGAGCAAGAGUUCAUAUCAGCUGAGGUUCUCUUCAACACCUAUACCAUAGACACAACAUUGGAAAGGAAAAAUGACAUAAACUAUCUCACGUUCUGUCAGAUUCUUCAAAAAGUGUUUAAAGUAGACUCCAAAAGAAAAGUUAUAAACAAACAGAAACAGACUGUAUACAACCUGCAGUGGAAACCCCAAGACAAAUCCAGUAAUGAGAAAGUUUUUGAUCACUUGGCGUUAACAAAUUUGCUACAUAACCUGCAUUGCCAUGUACAUGUCAUGCCAUGCACGUCUGUGAAAGUGAAAAUUCCUACCGGCUGGAUAUGCAAUGGAAAUGAAGUUGAGAAAGUGGUAGUUUUCAGAAGUGAUAUGACAUUCAAUGUGCAUAUAAGAGGACAAGAGAUUGAUCUGGAGUCUAAUUAUAUUGCCGGCACUUACUGUCUAACCUGCGAAGGUAUUAAGGAAGUAUUGGAACAAGUUAAUUGCAUCCAGCUAUGUCAAGAGGAUGUGCUGGACUCUGAAAUGCCUAAUCUUAUGCUUGCAUACAAGGACAGUUUGGGAGAAAAAGGCAGUGAGUUAGAUGGUGCCAUAGAAUUCCUCAAAAACACAUCUAAGUUGAUAAGUGUAUAG